ACAACCUCUUAUUACUUCCUGCCUUCAACCUUACACACUCAGCCACUAAUUUUAUUAGAUCUCACACAGUUAAUCUAAAGCCAACACCAAUCCAAAGAUGCAGAUCGUCACAGAAUCAUCUACUACUAGGUUGGCCAAAGCCACGAUCUCCAUUCAAGGUAUGACAUGCGCAAGCUGUGUCAAGGCCAUCGAGACUGCUCUCAAACAACUCCCUAGUGUUCAAAAAGAUUCUGUUGCAGUCAACCUGCUUGUUGGCUCGGCUACGUUGACAGCAUCGCCCGAUCUCUGUCCACUCACAUUGAUCACAGAAACUAUUGAAAAUGCGGGGUACGACGUCACUGCCUGCAAAUACCUCGACUCCCCGUCUAUCCCAAUUUCAAAAUCCAAUACUACAAGUACAUACAAGGUGUCUCUUCAUAUCUCGGGCAUGUUUUGCAUUUCCUGCAGUUCCAAGGUUGAAUCCCUUCUCAAGUCUCUCCAAAGAGUCAUUCCACUGUCAGUCAAAGUCUCGCUCGCCACCGGACAAGCUCAGUUCGAGUACCAAGUCCCACAUGACCAACCUUCCAACCUUAUGGCCAACAGUGCCAUUUCAGACAAGAUUCGUGAACUCGGGUUCGAGACAGACAAUAUCAAGAUUGAAAAGGUCUUAGACGAUGAUCAAACUAUUUUUACUAAUACCAAGGAGGAUACUGGUGCUCCAUCCUUCGCAACCACUCGUUUGGACAUUUCUGGGAUGACCUGUGCAAGUUGUGUCAGUGCUAUUGAAUCUUCUCUCGGUAGUCUACAAGGCAUCCGUUCUGUUCAGGUAAACUUGCUGGCAAAAUCGGGUGUGAUCGUGCACGACCCAACUGUGAUUGGAGUACGCGACUUGAUAAGCGCAGUUGAGGAUACUGGGUUUGAUGUUGCAUUAGCAGAGGAUGAUGCUGUUACAAGGAGGGACGGUCUUCAAGAAAAGAUUAAGCGCGAGGAGCUCCUUCUCCGCCGACGUCUUCUGCUCUCACUAGUCUUUGCGGUUCCGAUGUUUAUCAUCGCUAUGGUCAUGAUGAUGAUGCUCCCAAAGUCAAACUCUGUUCGCGUUAGCUUGAUGAGAGAAGUCAUCUCAGGACUCAGAAUCCAAGAUAUUAUCAUGUUUAUCCUGGCUACACCUGUCCAAUUUUGGCUCGCACAACCGUUCUAUAAGAAAGCCUACCGUGCUCUCCGCUAUACCCGCACUGCUAACAUGGAAACUUUAGUAUCUCUGGGAACAAGCGUCGCGUACUUUGCCAGCUUGGGAAGCAUUAUCGCGGCCAUGGCCAAAGGAGGCAACAAGCAUCACUCUGGCGAUGGCAUGAGCAUGGGUAUGUCUAGCACUGGUGUUGACUUUUUCGAAACCGCGGUCUUUUUGGUCACUUUCAUUAACUUGGGUAAGUGGCUUGAAGCCAUGGCCAAGGGAAAAACUGCCGAGACUAUCACCAAGCUUAUGGAUCUCCAACCCGAGACCGCUACCCUUGUCAAGGCAGAUGAAUCUUUAGAAGAGAUUCCUGCGGCCUUGAUUCAAGUUGGCGAUAUCCUUCUAGUAAAUGCUGGUGGCCGUAUUCCUUGCGAUGGGAUCCUCUGGAAAGGGAAUACGAUGGUUGACGAGGCUAUGAUCACUGGUGAAUCGCUCCCUAUCCAGAAGACUGAGCGCAAAAGCAAGCUCAUCAGUGCAUCGAUCAAUCUUUCUUCAGUCAUUCAGGUCAAAGCUACCAAGGUUGGCAAGGAUACUACUCUCUCUAGGAUUAUUCAACUCGUUCAAGAUGCUCAAGCUAGUCCUAAGGCACCUAUCGAAGCCCUUGGUGACAAAAUUUCUGGUGUUUUUGUCCCUAUCGUCAUUGUAUUGGCUCUUCUCACCUUUGCUGGAUGGGCGAUUGCAGGUAGUCUUGGGGCUAUUCCAGAUGGUUGGAUCCCUGAAGGCGAGAGUUAUUGGAUCUACGCUACUUUGUAUGCCGUUGCAGUCCUUGUAAUUGCCUGUCCCUGCGCUCUUGGACUCGCCUCUCCUACAGCGGUCAUGGUUGGUACCGGAAUAGCAGCCAAGUAUGGUAUUCUCGUCAAAGGCGGUGGAUUCGCACUGGAAAUGGCCAAGAGACUAGAUAUUGUCGUAUUUGACAAGACUGGAACUCUGACCACCGGUAAACCUAAAAUGACCGACUCCUGGAUAGUCCCUACAGCCGAUAGGACCCAGUCAAGCAUGAUUCUCGAGAUUCUAGGCAAGGUUGAGGCCGGAAGCAACCAUCCUGUCGCGUUGGCUGUUGCUAAAGGCGCUGCUGAGAUGCUAUACAAGAGCUCUGAUCAACAAGCGGCCGUUCCGAUCGAGGAUGCAUCAGAUGAAGACGAAGAUCAAGAGAAUGAGUCUCGCACGCUGCAGAAGCAGUUCAACCAUGUCAAGGUUUCCCACACUCGUGAGGUCCCUGGACGCGGCCUUUCUGCCACAGUGACUUUGGGAGAUAACCUUACCUUAGAUGGUUAUGGCCAAUUCCGCGCCUUGAACGUCUUGAUCGGCAAUGAAAAAUGGAUGAAAGAGAACGGUGCACAUUAUCCUACUCAGGUGGCUUCAGACGAUCGUAGGGCUGAACUGGGUCGCUGGCAGUCAGAAGGCAAGUCUGUAGUUCUCUGCGCUAUCAGUCCUGCCGCGAACAACAGCGGCCCAAGCGAAGUUUUGACCGAUCGCGUCUCGACUGACGCUGCUACCAUCGCCAGCCAAGGUACUGAUGCUACUUGCAAGUGUGAGCUAUGUGUGUGCAUUGAUUGCAACUAUACAACUAAAUUGGGUACCGUCAAUGUUCCCUUGAUCAUUGCCCAAGUGGCUGUGGCUGACACGGCGCGUCCAGAGGCUGCAGAGGUCAUUGCUGGCUUAGAGUCCCAGGGCAUUGAGACUUGGAUGUUGACUGGCGACCAUCCAGUCACUGCACAGGCCAUUGCGCGUCAACUCGGUAUCAACAAAGUAAUUGCAGGCGUCCUUCCAGAAGACAAGGCUGCAAAGGUGAGGCAGCUCCAGCAAACAGGUCGCUCGAUUUCGACAUCCAAGUGGUCUAAACUGUUCAAGUCUCAGCAUCAUCAAUCGUCGAACCCAUCCGUUGAGCUCUCGCCUAUACAAUCUCAAGCAAUGGCAGGCAGUGAUGAUACCUAUCGCCAACUGCGCCCAGCAAUCGUAGCCAUGGUUGGGGAUGGUAUCAACGAUUCGCCAGCUCUGGCUCAAUCCAACUUGGGCAUCUCUGUUGGUUCUGCGACGGAUAUUGCUAUUGAGGCGGCGUCGAUCGUUUUAUUGCAUGAUACUUUGACUGAUCUGUUGGUUAUGCGCGACCUAGCCAAGACUACUGUUCGUCGUAUCCAGAUCAACUUCAUGUGGGCCUUUAUGUACAACGUGGUGAUGAUUCCUAUUGCAGCAGGUGUUCUUGUUCCUUGGAACCGAUCUGCAGUGAUUGGGCCAACUUGGGCUGGUUUAGCUAUGGCUGCAUCUAGCGUCAGUGUCAUUCUCUCCAGUCUUCGUUUGCGAUCGUACCGUUACCGUGGUAUCAAUCCUAACCAGAAGAAAUAGGUCCUCCCUUAUUCACAUUAAUAUUACGUUAAUUUAGUGUUUGAGCUUUAUAUUUCGCUUAAGGCAAUCACUCUUUGU